AUGUCGAUGCAGAAAAUCAAGAAGUCAAAGGAUUUGAGACGCGUCGGAAAUGUCUACUACGACCGUUCCCUCGCAAAUGACUUUAUGUGCAAUGCUGUGGCAAGCCGAGCAUCUUUCCGGCAAAUUGCAGCCUCUUUCACAUCUUCCACCGCGCGAAAUCAAGGCCGGUUAUGCUCCAUGCUGCCAGCAGCGAGUCAUUCGAUUUGGUGCAAUGUAUUGGAAGACUUAACUCAAUCGCCGCAGAUCAAAGUCAAGCUCCAAGAUCUUCUACAAGAGUGUGAGGCUCAUACCGAAUUCGAAUACUUAAGCAUCGAUGCCACGGUCAAAUGCAUGAUGAAACUUAUUGGCCAAGCGCACUUCAACAGCAGUCAAGACUGUCGUGAUGCUGCGGCAAUUGCGGAUUCAGAGGCUGCUUACAGACUUCUUACAGUGCGUGGACGUACGAAUGCUGUGCUCGGCUUGUGUGGCAUUCGGUCAGAAGGUUCGCGCGAGAUUGCAAGUGGCUUGAGCAGCAUGCUGACAUUGUGUCAGCGAGCACAAGUUCUGCACAUGGCAUCAGACUCGCCGAGUGUGGAGCUUUUCGCGACGUUGAAGAAUACAUGUCCAAACUUGCAGCCGCUUGGCCUGGAUGCCAUGCAUAUCGUUAUGGUUUACGAACAAAAUCAUAGCAACAAGAGAACCAAAGGCAGCAGGUGGCUGGCCACAGUUAUGAACAAAUUUCGCAACAUUGAUGUGGAAUGUCAUGCCGCUGCAUGGGGACCUAUGUACACCGGACAGCAGCGAAUUCAUUACACGGGUGAAGAGAAGAGACUGUCUGUGUUGGUUUCCUAA